AGCCCACAGUAUUUGCAGCUUGCAGCCAUCUUUAUAAAUUCAUUUCUUUUGGAGGAAACUCUAAGUUGUUUAAAUUUUUGUUUCUCUUUAAUUUCGUAAAAUAAGUUAACUUUUAAAGUGUUCUAUUUAUUGUAGUAAUUAAGAAGUUUGCAUUUCGGAGUAGAAUAUAUUUCGUGUACGAGUGACUGUCUUCAUAACUCGACAUUCAUUUUGAAUACAACACCUAUCUUUUUAGCGGUUUAUUAAGAAUUAUAAUAACUAUUGUGUGUAAGAACAGAUUUAUAAUCCACCAAAACGGCGCCUCAAAGGAAGUCCAAGAAGAUGCAAGAGACGGAGGAGUUGGAGAAUAUGGUGUUAAGUUUUCGAGUAUCUGAACUGCAGAUGCUAUUGGGAUUCGCCGGGCGAAACAAAUCAGGCCGCAAAAAUGAAUUACAAACACGUGCCUUGGAACUUUUGAGACUAAGAUCACAUCCAGUUCAACUAAAAAUACGAGAACUUUAUAAAACCAUACAAGCUGAUCAAUUGACUACUCAUCAACCAUAUAUUCCAAGUGGUGGUUCAACUGAAAAUUCAAUCGAUCAAAACAUGCAUUCCCGUAAUUAUUAUACUAGACAAGGCCAUGCCCAGGCAAUGGGCCAACAACAGGCCUCAGUGAAUUCCGGAAAAGACUUGCCUCCUGCUCACCAGGCGUCUUUGCCACAGUCUCAAGUUGUAUCAAGAUCUAAUCCUGUAUAUCAACCUACUGGUUACACGAGUGUAACGCCUCAGCAACGGACAGCAGGAGCUGUUUACCCAUAUCCUUAUCCUCAAAAAGUGUUGCCCAUGCAAUCAUCUUUACAACUGCAGCAACCUAAUCAGUAUCCAGUACAUCCAGAUGUAAAGUUUAGAAAGUUGCCGUUUUUUGACCUUCUUGGCGAAUUGCUGAAGCCUUCUAGUCUCACACCUCAAGGAACAAGCAGGUUGCAAGAAAGUACGUUUAUAUUCCAUUUGACUCCACAACAGUCGACUGACAUAGCCAGUUCACGUGAUUGUCGCCAAGGGAGUAAAAUGGAUUACACAGUACAAGUACAGAUGCGGUUUUGUUUGCAAGAAACAUCAUGUGAACAAGAGGAUAAUUUUCCUCCUAACAUAGCCGUGAAAGUGAAUGGAAAAAUAUGCCCUUUACCGAAUCCAAUACCAACCAACAAACCAGGAGUGGAACCGAAACGACCUCCACGACCUGUCAAUAUUAGUCCUUUAGUAAAAUUAUCUCCCACUGUAGGCAAUCAAAUUUGCGUCACAUGGUCGGCAGACUAUAGCAGAAGAUAUGCAAUAGCCAUCUACUUGGUAAAGAAAUUGUCAAGUUCGGAGUUGUUGACGAGGCUCAAGAGUCGCGGCGUUAGGCACUCUGAUUACACGAGAGGACUAAUCAAAGAAAAAUUGAAUGAAGAUGCAGACAGUGAAAUAGCAACUACUUCGCUCAGAGUAUCUUUAGCGUGUCCCUUGGGCAAAAUGCGAAUGAGUACGCCUUGUCGAGCUUCAACGUGUUCACAUCUACAAUGCUUCGACGCAUCGCUCUUUCUACUAAUGAAUGAGCGCAAGCCAACAUGGAAUUGUCCAGUUUGUGAUAAAGCUGCAUUAUAUGAUAACCUUGUAAUCGAUGGCUACUUUCAGGAAGUCCUCAGUUCCAGUAAACUUUUGUCAGAAGUUAAUGAAAUUCAAUUAUUGCAAGAUGGUUCCUGGGAGAAUUUGGUUCCGAAGAAGGAGAAAGAGAAGGACAAAACUGAUAAAAUAGAGAUGAGUGUAAAACAUCAAAAAGUCAAUGUGGAUACUGUUGAUUUAGACGAAACAAAUCCUUCAACACCAACACCGAAGGAAAAGAAGCGAGCAGUUGUGAUAGACUUAAUCUCAGACAGUGAAGACGAUGAAAGUGAUUCUCAUUCUUCAGUGUCACAUAAGAAAGUUGCUCUCUCGUCGUCGCCACAAAAGGUUCAAUCCUCUACUCACAAUGCAAUCAGCAGCACUAGUGAUUCUCCGGAACUUAUGAUUAUAGAUUUAGAGUAAAGACUCAGUGAAUUAAAAGAAUUCAAGGAAACCAAAAUAUAAAUAUACUUUUUCAAAUGUAUUUUAAGCUAUAUGUAAAACGACAUUCUCGCAACUUGAUUUGUAUUAAUAACAAUUAAACGUUCAAGUUAUUUUCUUUAAAUUUCGUACUAAAUUUUUGUUAUUAACUGUAUGGAAAAAAUAAAUUGUACAUUUAAUAAAGUUUAUUUUUUCAUAUCGCA